UAUUGAUGGUGUUGGAAUUAUUAGAAACAGACCCUAUCAGAUUCGAUAUCUUGUCUAGAGCUUUCUAGUCCAAGCUUGGCUUUUCUCUAUCGGCGCUAUGAUCCGCUGAUGGUGGAUGCUCCGGACAAGCCGGUAUCGGGUGGAUCUCAAGAUAUGAUCCAUCAAUGGAGCAACAUCAAGAAUGCUAAGUUAUGGAUCUGAUGGUGUACAGUUGAGUUACUGACUCAUCAUUCAACCAUUGAACAUUACGCGUCAGAAUACGAGCCCUCAGUCGAUUAUGAGGACAAGAGACAACAAGUGACCGCCUCUGUCAGUAUCUGCAUCUGCACGUCAGUUCGCAUGUCAAUCACACCAAUCAAGGAAACCAAGAAUGUCGAUCAACUGCCAGCCCUGCAUGGUCGACGUGGAAGGUGAUUCUCUGGUGUUCUUUAGCAAACCAAGAUGGUGUGAACUAAAAAUGAACAUCUCGGGAAUAUUGUCAAUAGUCAGAGAGCCUCAAUUCCAAAUGUCGAGCCAGUCCUCUCUAGCGCCCAACCGGCGGCCCCCUAACCGAUCGCUGCAGGGCUGUACUGUAGCUGCAAGCCCAUCGUCCCCUGAAGCACAGGGCACUUCAAGGUCUCAGCGGCCCGCACGUGGCGGUGGAAGAAGCCCGUUGGAAGCUCUCCCCGUCUGGUCUGGCUUCUAAUAUUGUACCGGCAGCCCGGGUGCAGUGAGUCCUUGCUUUUUAUCUCACACCCUUCCCGAACGAGUAAUCCGAGCGUCUGCUUCUUUUUCAUGAUAACCAAGACAUUUAACCGGACCAAUUGAAGGGCGAGGAGGAAGCAUGAUGAGACAGGUCCAAGACGACAG